AUGUACAGCUUCAUGGGCGGUGGGUUGUUCUGCGCUGGAGUCGGGAACAUACUCCUUAUUAUCUCCACAGCAACCGAUUACUGGAUGCAGUACCGUCAAUCCAACAACUAUAUGCAUCAGGGCCUGUGGCGCUACUGUGUGCCUGGGAAAUGCAUGACACACACAGAUAGCAUUGCGUACUGGGAUGCCACCCGUGCCUUUAUGAUCCUCUCCCUGCUGGCCUGCUUCAUUGGCAUCGUGAUCGGCGUCAUGGCCUUCAUACGCUCCUCCUCCUUCAGUGGGUUUGACAAGACUUUUGCUGCCGGCAUCCUCUUCUUCAUCUCCUGCUUCUUUGUGCUGCUGGCGAUGGCUGUGUACACUGGGGUGACGGUGAAUUACUACGGGAAACGAUACGGGAAUUGGCGCUUCUCCUGGUCCUACAUCAUGGGUUGGGUAGCCGUGGUCCUCACCUUCUUCUCAGGCAUCUUCUACAUGUGUGCCUACAGGAUGCAUGAAUGCCCGAGAAACUCCAACUCCCGCUGA